AUGGACACUCAAAUUAGAAAUGGAAGACAAAUACAGCUAACUCAGGAAAUGAAAAGACACGCUGUUAUCGUCGCUAUACACGCGAAUCACAGCGAUCUUGAAAUCUCCCGAUUUUUGAAAGUCGCCCGAUCUUUUGUUAACAAAGUUUGUCGAGAGUUAGAAGCAUCUGAUGGCAAUGUAGAGAGUGUUGCCAAGCGUAAAAAACAUGAAGCACGUUCUGAUAAAGUUAGAACAUCACAGUUUGUGCAGAAAGUUCAGGGCAUUAUUGAUGAAGACCCUUCAAAGUCCAUAAGGGCAAUAUCGAAAGAUCUCCAAGUUUCUAAGUUCACAAUUUGUCGCAUUAUCCACGAAGACAUCCGGUACAAGUCUUACGCGAUGCGUAGAGGUCAGUUCAUGUCUGCACAAACUCGAGAACAGCUAUUCAUUCGGGCACAACGACUUCUAAACAAGUUAAAACAUCCUGAAAUCUCGGAUAUGCUCUGGUUUUUUUGUGACGAAAAAAAUUUUGAUCAGGAUCAAAAAAUAAACCAACUAAAUGAUAGAUUGCUCUGUGCAGAUCCUUCAGAUGUUCCUUGUGUUAUGCACACAAAGUUUCCGGCAACUGUCAUGGUUUUGGGGGUGGUGAGCAAUGAGGGACACGUCAUGCCACCCCAUUUCUUUCCUCAAGGACUUCAGGUGAAUGCCGCCGCCUACGUUGAGGCUUUGGAAACAGUUGUGAAGCCUUGGAUAGACAGCGUGAGUGGUGGGAAGGCAUACGUAUUCCAACAGGACUUUGCUCCUUUACACAAAGCAAUGAGAACGCAAGAUUGGAUGUCCGAGCAUCUGCAUGAUCAUAUAACCCCAAACAUGUGGCCUCCUAGCUCCCCGGAUCUUAAUCCUUUAGAUUAUUAUGUAUGGGACGUUGUUGAAUGGGAGACCAAUAAACAUCCCCGUAAUACGCUUGAUUCCCUCAGAGCAGCUAUCACCAGAGUAAUGACGCAUAUGGACGAGGAUCAUUUGAUUCGAGCAUGCAAACGUUUUCAGCAGAGAAUUGAAGCUGUUAUUGCCGCUGAAGAUUUUAUCGAAUAA